UGACGUCAUCGCGCAGUCCGCGCGAGUCUUCUGAAGUGAAAUGAGGUUUGAGUUGGAUUAUCCACCCAACAAUUAACCAAUAAAUGCUGGAACAUUCACAUCAGUCUACAAGUGAAGAAGACGAUGAGAACAUCAGUGAUCUAGAACCUUACAGAAUGGAACACGAAGAUACUGAAGAACAGAGAGAGAAUGGGGAGAGGGAAGAACUGAAGGAGAAACCUCUUCAUUUCAAAACUGGAGACAAAUCUUUAAGUCGCUCACAGACUAAAAGUAAAUUUGUAUUGAAAAAAAGAACCAAAAAAUCUUUCACCUGCCCUCAGUGCGGGAAGCGUUUCACAAAAAAAGGAGCCCUUAAAGAUCACAUGAAAAUCCAUACAGGAGAGAAACCGCACACAUGUGAUCAAUGUGGGAUGAGUUUUAGACAAAAAGGAUCUCUUAAGGAGCACAUGACAAUCCACACUGGAGAGAGGCCACACACCUGUGAUCAGUGUGGAAAGAGUUUCAGAAAGUCAUGCACCUUUAAAAUACACCUGCGUCGUCAUUCUGGAGAAAGACCAUUUGCCUGUGAUCAGUGCGCUAAACACUUUUUUAGGUCAGAUGCGCUGAAGGAGCAUCUGAAAGUUCAUACAAAGGAGAAGCCUUUCUUGUGUUCUUUGUGUGGAAAGAGUUUUAGUCAGCCGGGUACUUUAAAAUUACAUCAGAAAAGACACAACGGUGUGAAGGAUCAUCUGUGCUUUGAUUGUGGGAAGACUUUUGUUAGAGAUGCUGAUCUGAAAAAGCACCAGAGAAUGCACAGCGAGGAAAAACCUUUCAAGUGUUCUCACUGUGACAAGAGAUUCAAAUGGUCAGAUUAUGUGAAAAAACAUGAGAGGAUCCACACUGGAGAGUAGCUGUUUAAUCUGCCCUAAACAGUUGCAAGAAGUGACAACACAAAGAAACAUCAUCUGCAGUUCUCAGAGUGAUCUUCAAGACCAGUGGUUUAAGUGUGAAUGUCUAAGAAUAUCUUUAUUAUGAUUUUUUUCCCUGAUUUUUUUAUCCAUGUUAUCCAUGCAUGUGUAUCUCUCUUGGUUUGUUUUCUGCCAUUUAUGAAGGAAAGUAGUUUUUUUCUUUCUUUUUUACAUGUAAAUGUUCUGUGCUCAUAUCAGCAGAAAGAGA